AUGGAUGAUGAUGAUGAUGAUGAUGAUGAUGAUGAUGAUGAUGAUGAUGAUGAUGAUGAUGAUGAUGAUGAUGAUGAUGAUGAUGAUGAUGAUGAUGAUGAUGAUGAUGAUGAUGAUGAUGAUGAUGAUGAUGAUGAUGAUGAUGAUGAUGAUGAUGAUGAUGAUGAUGAUGAUGAUGAUGAUGAUGAUGAUGAUGAUGAUGAUGAUGAUGAUGAUGAUGAUGAUGAUGAUGAUGAUGAUGAUGAUGAUGAUGAUGAUGAUGAUGAUGAUGAUGAUGAUGAUGAUGAUGAUGAUGAUGAUGAUGAUGAUGAUGAUGAUGAUGAUGAUGAUGAUGAUGAUGAUGAUGAUGAUGAUGAUGAUGAUGAUGAUGAUGAUGAUGAUGAUGAUGAUGAUGAUGAUGAUGAUGAUGAUGAUGAUGAUGAUGAUGAUGAUGAUGAUGAUGAUGAUGAUGAUGAUGAUGAUGAUGAUGAUGAUGAUGAUGAUGAUGAUGAUGAUGAUGAUGAUGAUGAUGAUGAUGAUGAUGAUGAUGAUGAUGAUGAUGAUGAUGAUGAUGAUGAUGAUGAUGAUGAUGAUGAUGAUGAUGAUGAUGAUGAUGAUGAUGAUGAUGAUGAUGAUGAUGAUGAUGAUGAUGAUGAUGAUGAUGAUGAUGAUGAUGAUGAUGAUGAUGAUGAUGAUGAUGAUGAUGAUGAUGAUGAUGAUGAUGAUGAUGAUGAUGAUGAUGAUGAUGAUGAUGAUGAUGAUGAUGAUGAUGAUGAUGAUGAUGAUGAUGAUGAUGAUGAUGAUGAUGAUGAUGAUGAUGAUGAUGAUGAUGAUGAUGAUGAUGAUGAUGAUGAUGAUGAUGAUGAUGAUGAUGAUGAUGAUGAUGAUGAUGAUGAUGAUGAUGAUGAUGAUGAUGAUGAUGAUGAUGAUGAUGAUGAUGAUGAUGAUGAUGAUGAUGAUGAUGAUGAUGAUGAUGAUGAUGAUGAUGAUGAUGAUGAUGAUGAUGAUGAUGAUGAUGAUGAUGAUGAUGAUGAUGAUGAUGAUGAUGAUGAUGAUGAUGAUGAUGAUGAUGAUGAUGAUGAUGAUGAUGAUGAUGAUGAUGAUGAUGAUGAUGAUGAUGAUGAUGAUGAUGAUGAUGAUGAUGAUGAUGAUGAUGAUGAUGAUGAUGAUGAUGAUGAUGAUGAUGAUGAUGAUGAUGAUGAUGAUGAUGAUGAUGAUGAUGAUGAUGAUGAUGAUGAUGAUGAUGAUGAUGAUGAUGAUGAUGAUGAUGAUGAUGAUGAUGAUGAUGAUGAUGAUGAUGAUGAUGAUGAUGAUGAUGAUGAUGAUGAUGAUGAUGAUGAUGAUGAUGAUGAUGAUGAUGAUGAUGAUGAUGAUGAUGAUGAUGAUGAUGAUGAUGAUGAUGAUGAUGAUGAUGAUGAUGAUGAUGAUGAUGAUGAUGAUGAUGAUGAUGAUGAUGAUGAUGAUGAUGAUGAUGAUGAUGAUGAUGAUGAUGAUGAUGAUGAUGAUGAUGAUGAUGAUGAUGAUGAUGAUGAUGAUGAUGAUGAUGAUGAUGAUGAUGAUGAUGAUGAUGAUGAUGAUGAUGAUGAUGAUGAUGAUGAUGAUGAUGAUGAUGAUGAUGAUGAUGAUGAUGAUGAUGAUGAUGAUGAUGAUGAUGAUGAUGAUGAUGAUGAUGAUGAUGAUGAUGAUGAUGAUGAUGAUGAUGAUGAUGAUGAUGAUGAUGAUGAUGAUGAUGAUGAUGAUGAUGAUGAUGAUGAUGAUGAUGAUGAUGAUGAUGAUGAUGAUGAUGAUGAUGAUGAUGAUGAUGAUGAUGAUGAUGAUGAUGAUGAUGAUGAUGAUGAUGAUGAUGAUGAUGAUGAUGAUGAUGAUGAUGAUGAUGAUGAUGAUGAUGAUGAUGAUGAUGAUGAUGAUGAUGAUGAUGAUGAUGAUGAUGAUGAUGAUGAUGAUGAUGAUGAUGAUGAUGAUGAUGAUGAUGAUGAUGAUGAUGAUGAUGAUGAUGAUGAUGAUGAUGAUGAUGAUGAUGAUGAUGAUGAUGAUGAUGAUGAUGAUGAUGAUGAUGAUGAUGAUGAUGAUGAUGAUGAUGAUGAUGAUGAUGAUGAUGAUGAUGAUGAUGAUGAUGAUAUGAUGAUGAUGAUGAUGAUGAUGAUGAUGAUGAUGAUGAUGAUGAUGAUGAUGAUGAUGAUGAUGAUGAUGAUGAUGAUGAUGAUGAUGAUGAUGAUGAUGAUGAUGAUGAUGAUGAUGAUGAUGAUGAUGAUGCUGAUGAUGAUGAUGAUGAUGAUGAUGAUGAUGAUGAUGAUGAUGAUGAUGAUGAUGAUGAUGAUGAUGAUGAUGCUGAUGAUGAUGCUGAUGAUGAUGAUGAUGAUGAUGAUGAUGAUGAUGAUGAUGACUGAUGAUGAUGAUGAUGAUGAUGAUGAUGAUGAUGAUGAUGAUGAUGAUGAUGCUGAUGAUGAUGAUGAUGAUGAUGAUGAUGAUGAUGAUGAUGAUGAUGAUGAUGAUGAUGAUGAUGAUGAUGAUGAUGAUGAUGAUGAUGAUGAUGAUGAUGAUGAUGAUGAUGAUGAUGAUGAUGAUGCUGAUGAUGAUGAUGAUGAUGAUGAUGAUGAUGAUGAUGAUGAUGAUGAUGAUGAUGAUGAUGAUGAUGAUGAUGAUGAUGAUGAUAUGAUGGAUGAUGAUGAUGAUGAUGAUGAUGAUGAUGAUGAUGAUGAUGAUGAUGAUGAUGAUGAUGAUGAUGAUGAUGAUGAUGAUGAUGAUGAUGAUGAUGAUGAUGAUGAUGAUGAUGAUGAUGAUGAUGAUGAUGAUGAUGAUGAUGAUGAUGAUGAUGAUGAUGAUGAUGAUGAUGAUGAUGAGAUGAUGAUGAGAUGA